CCCAAAACCAUUUACAGUCAUCCAUACGGACGUACUACUUUGCGCAGACGACAGACGCUAUGGUGGCGCCUAUCCCCAAGGCGCUUGCAAUUGUCUCCCUCCAUUCGCUAGCCGUCGCAGCGACCGGCGAUGCGGAGCCUGCGGCGGACAACAUUCUCAUGCAGAUCAAUGUUGAAAGUGCGUGGCGACUUCCACCGGCCGAUUGCGCAGGGGUCCGCAAACGUUUUGACGCUGGCUUUGGGGGUUGUGACGUGUACACUGCGAACCGCAACAACCACCAGUUCUGCCACAGAGACUUCGACGAGGGCCAAGGCUUCUACGCCGCGCAGGUGUGCUCCGAGUGCCUGGUCUGCCAGGCGCUUACCAAGGAUGGCGAGAGGGUGCCCGCGGAGUCGGCGGCCCAGCAGGCGGCGAAGCUGAAGCGCGACGCCGAGCUGGAGAAGGCCGAGGCCUUCAAAAGAGCGGAGGCCAAGCACAGGGUGGAGGCCGGGCGCAGAGCGGAGGCCGUGCGCAAAAUGCAGGAGAGGCGAGAUGAGGAAGCGCGCAAGGCAGAGGCCAAGCGCAAGGAGGAGCCAGAGCGCGCGGCGGAGGGCGAGAGAUCCAUGAAGGCGUCGAAAGAGGAGGCGGACCGCAGGGCGGAGGCCGAGAACAAUGCGGAGGCCGAGCGCAAGGUUGAGACCGAUCGCAAGGCGGAGGCCGAGCGCAAGAUAGAGGGAGAGCGCAAGAUAGAGGCAGAGCGCAAGGCGGAGGCCGAGCGCAAGGCCGAGGCCAAGCGGAAGAAAGAGGCCGAGCGCAAGGCGGAGGCCGAGCGCAAGGUUGAGGCCGAUCGCGAGGUUGAGGCCGAGCGGAAGGUAGCGGCCGAGCGCAAGGCGGAGGCCGAGCGCAAGGCCGAAGCCGAGCGUAAGGCCGAGGCCGACCGCAAGGCGCAGGCCAAGGCUAAGCGCAAGGCUGGUGCAGAGGCAGUGGCCGAGGCUGCGAAGGAGGCCGAGCGCAAGGCGGAGGCCGAGCGCAAGGUGGAGGCCGAGCGCGUGGCAGAGGCCGAGCGCAAGGCGGAGACCGAUCGCAAGGCCCAGGCCGAGCGCAAGAUCGAGGCCGAGCGCAAGGCGGAGGCCGACCGCGUUGCCAAGGAAGACGCCAAGCGGCAGGCGGAGGCCGAGCGCCAGGCGCAGGCCGAGGCCAAGCGCAAGGUGGAGGCCGAGCGCAAGGCGGAGGCCGAGGGCGUGGCCAAGGAGAAAGCCGAACAGAGGGCGGAGGCCGAGGCCAAGCGCAAGGUGGAGGCCAUGCGCAAGGCGGAGGCCGAGGGCGUGGCCAGGGAGAAAGACGAACAGAGGGCGGAGGCCAAGCGCAAGGCGGAGGCCAAGGCAAUGGCCGAGGCCGCGGAGGCCAAGCGCAAGGCCGAGUAUGUGGCCGAACGCAAGGCUGAGGCCGCGCGCAAGGCAGAGGCCGAGCGCAAUUCGCAGGCUAAGCGCGAAGAGGACGAGCGUUGGGCCAAGGAGUUGGCCAAGGAGGAGGCCGAACGCAAGGCGAAGCUGCAAGCGGGGGCUGCGGCGGAGGAGGCCAGGAAGGAUGCUGAGCUGGCGGCGGCGGAGGAGGCCAAGCGCGUGGCACAGGAGGUGCAAGCCGCGCAUGAGUCCGAGCGCGCAGCACGCCGGCAGGCCAAGAGGGCCAAAUAUGCCAAGCAGGCGGCGGCGGCGGCCAAGAAGCGGGCGGAGCGGCAGGAGGCUCAGCGCAAGAUCGAGGCCGAGGAGGCUGUGCAGGCGGCGGCACAGGCGGCGGCGAAGGCGCAGGCGAGGGCGAAUGAGGCUACUGCGGCGAAGGAGCCGAAGGCAGCGAAGGACAUCACGAAGAAGGAGUUUGCGAAGCCGAAGCCUGCUCGGGAGGUGACUGACGCACGAGCCGUCGGCGACCCCCACGUGGUGAACAUGUACGGACAGCGCUUCGACAUCCAGAGGGAGGGCAAUCACACGCUGAUCCACAUUCCCAGGAAUGCGGAGCCCACAGCCACCCUGCUGAAUGUGAACGGUGAGGUUUACCACAUGGGCGGCGCUUGCGCGGACAUGUAUUUCCAUUCAAUUUCCGUACAGGGCAAGUGGGCAGCAGACUUGUCGUUAUCGCUGAGCAAAGGGAAAACACGCAGCGCUGGCUUCAACUUCUUUGCGGACGCAGCUCACGAGAGCAACAGCACGCACUGGACGCGCUUCGGCAGCAAGCUGGAUCUGAAGAUUGUCUGGGGCAUGACUAUCACUGGCGUCCGCUACCUCAACAUCCUCGUCAAGCAUCUGGCCGACGUGCAGUUCUCCGUCGGCGGUCUCCUCGGCGGGGACGACCACUCGACCAUCGCGACUCCGGUGGUGGACUGCAAGCGCACGGUCUCGCUCUUGUCCAUCGGGAGCCACCCGGGCGCGGGCGUGUCGAAGAGCGACGGCUCUUUCGACGAGCUGGCGCAGGUGACGCACGAUUCUGAUUACCACUGAGCGCUGAUUCAUUGGGUGCGCAGAGAUCACCCCCUAGAUGCGAGCCCGCUUCUGCCGCACAGCCGGGUGCUGUUUGGGCGCCCUCUGUAGUCGACCACGGUCUAUACAUUUGGUGCGAGGCCGACGCGAUCAUGGGCCCGCAGAGACGGACCCGUUUCAGCAGCUGCUCUUCCUCCCCUUCCUCGACCAACGGCAGGUUCGUGUCGUGUCGAUGCGGCGGCGACCCCGCCGCGGGCGCUCCCGAACAUGCCGCAGAGGAGACGCCAACGGCCGCGUUUGUCCUCCGCGCACCGCGUUCGCCCGCACACCCUCCGCCACCGCCUUCGGAAUUCCGUCUGGCAAUCGAUGGGGAAGCGCCGAUGCCAAGAUUAAUAGACAGUCUGGGAGCGCAGCAGAAGUCAGAGCACUAGUUGUUUUAUCAGCGCACGGGCACGCGUUCAGAAACCUCUGGUUUCGUGCCAACGGCUGCGGUGAAUGG